AUGACGGCCGACCCAUACUGUGAACAUCUCGCCUCGCCGAAUGGCUGGGUUCUCGCUCUCUCCGUACAACUCGUGCUUGGUAUACUCAUCUCUUACAUCCCUCAACAUGUAAAGAUCAUUCGUCAUGGAACCUCUGCUGGUCUCUCCCCUUGGUGGGUGUUGCUAGGCACGAUAUCCUCGAUCGCUGCGCUUGCGAAUAUCUUGGUGUUGCCGACUAGCCAACAUGACAUGGCUUGUUGUCGUGAGAUCUCUGGCACUGCUUGCGGUGCCGCGCUGUUGGGCGUUGUCCAGAUAGGCGUGCAGUGGGUUUGUUUCAUGACCAUCAUGGUGCUCUUUCUGGUUUUCUUCCCCAGAGGUACAUUCGCAAACCCAGCUCCCGAGCAUCUCUCUCCGGACACACCUCGCAAACGAGACGCUGUCAUCGUCGGUGUCGUAUCUUUGAUCUCACUUCUCACCGUCGGCAUCAUUUCGACAGUUUUCCUGUACCGCUUGCCCUCCCACCUCCUCAGCUGGGCAAACUUCCUCGGCAUUCUUGCUGCAAUUCUCUCAUCUAUUCAAUAUAUCCCGCAACUUUACACUACUUGGAAAGCUAAGCAAGUGCUGUCUCUCAGCAUUGUGAGUAUGCUUAUUCAAGUACCCGGAGCAUUUGUAUUUGCUUUCAGUUUGUGGUUGAGGGUUGGAUGGGAGGGUUGGAGCACUUGGUUUGUUUACUGUGUCACUGGUAUUCUGCAAGGAGCAUUGCUGGUUAUGGCCAUCAUGUUCUACCAGAAAGAGAAGAAGGGGGAAGUCGUUGAACAAGAACCUACCGAAACGGACCCGUUGUUGGAGGCUUCUCGCGCAGGCAACUGA